AUGCAUCGCGAGGAUCUUUCACCGAGAUAUCAGCCGCGGGACCGAUUCAAUGGAAUAGAUGCCUUCGCUUCCGACGGGCCGUUGACGUUGAUGGUUUGCAUCAAGGUCUUGGUGAUUAUCAAUCAUGUGAUGGCUCGGGUUUCUGAAAGAUUAUUCAGCAUGGCCGCUUCUGUUACGAAAAGCUUGCCGGCCAUGACAAAGCACGCCCACUCUCAGGAUGCCGUUGUGGACAAGCUGUCUACGGUUCCGCGUCCCGACAGCAUGUCUUCCGAACCACCUCAUUCAAUAUCAACUCUGCCACCAGAAGAGCUGUCUGCAGACAUCACCAGUGAAACCUCGUGGUCUGAUGCCGCGGUAGAAAUAAGCGAAUGGCCAGCCUUCCAACCAUCCAUAUCGCUCUCUACCUACCUCGCCGAAUUGUUCGAAGAGAAUAUCACAGCCAAAAUCUGCCGCACCGCGACCAAGUCUCUCCGAGAGCAAGUAUCCUCAACUUUUGGCGAGAUUCGGAAGAUCCCGAUCGCCUUCCCAGAGAUCGUACCCCAGAAUGGCCCCAAUGCGGGCCAGUACGAGUUCCGAGAUCCAGAGUUCUGGACCUGCGGGUUCUUCCCGGGAACGCUGUAUGCCCUAUUGGAGCGAAGCGUCAAGCACCCGCAAAUGAUGGGACUCGCCAAUGCCGGGCCCGGGCUCAGUGUCGCCAGUCUCCGCCAGCAUCUGCGGGGACUAUGCGAGAUCUGGGCCGAUCCCUUGCACGACAUGGCCGGCCGAACGGACACGCACGAUAUCGGAUUUAUCAUUAUGCCAGCGCUGCAGAGGGACUGGGAGCUAAAUGGUAACGAGAAAAGCCUCGCUUCCAUCGUCAGGGCUGCGCAUUCUCUCGCAACGCGUUAUGUCACCGCCGCUGGAGCUAUUCGCAGCUGGGACUGCCUCUUGAAGAAGGACAUCACAGUGACCGACAUGACGACGAAUCUCCUCGCAAUCAUUGACAGCCUAUGCAAUCUGGACCUGCUCUUCUACGCUGCAGCACAUACUGGCGACAGUACCCUCUCCGACAUCGCCACAACGCACGCCCGUACACUGUUACACACGCACCUCCGACCAGAAUCCGUGAGCACGCUGAAGAAAAACGGAUACAGAGGUCAGCUCUAUUCAACAUGCCACGUUGCCAAUAUCGAUCCGGCUACCGGAGAUCUCAAGUGGUGCUGGACGGCACAGGGAUACGCAAACGAUUCCACGUGGGCCCGUGGCCAGGCGUGGGCGAUCCUGGGGUAUGCUCAGACCUACCAGUGGACUCGAGACAGAGCUUUCCUCGAGGCUGCCAUGGGUGCUGCAGAGUACCUCCUUUACAGGCUCGAUACGGCGCCGUCGUGUGUGGAUACACCAGUGGCUGACGAGGAGACGAACUGUUGCUCUCGAGAUGGGCAGCGAAAGAAGACCAAAGGCCGAAGAGUCCCUCUUUGGGACUUUGAUGCCCCGAUACAAAACGCCGCGGAGCCUCUGCGAGAUUCAUCGGCCGCGGUGAUUGCUGCUAACGGCAUGUUGGUGUUGUCACAAUCACUCAAAGGCAUUCAAGAACAUGCCUUGUCGCGGCGCUUCUUCGACGCGGCGGUUGAGAUCGUCCGAGACACCCUCGAUUACUCACUCGCAGAUGAAAAAUCUCAGUUCACCAGAGCUAGCAGCGAGGCGGGAUUGGAAGUGGAAGAUGCCAUCGCUGGCCGAUGUUUCGAUGGCAUCAUCAAGCACGGAACGGCCAAUAACAACGAGAAUGCUAGACGAAGAUACUGGAAUCAUGGCCUCGUUUACGGUGAUUACUAUCUCGUUGAUUUUGGAAACAGGCUUUUGAAUAUCGGUUUGGCGUAG